AUGUCUGUGCCUUUGCUUGCAUUCCUGUCGCCGGCUGCUGCCCAUCUAUCCCAUUCCCUACCACUACUUGGGGAGGCAGCGUCCAUUCCUCACGCCCAUCUUCCCCCCUCAUCCUUCCUUUUGCUGGCUUCCUCUGCCACCGACCUCAUCGAGACCUGCCAAGCACCAUCCGGAGAUUACCCUGGCGCGGUGCUUGUCGGUCGGCCCAAGGGCGGCCUGCAAGGGCGUCCGAGUCAUGCCCACGCUGCAUCUCUUCCUCCGCCAUUACCGGUGGGGAGGAGAGAAAGAAGAAUCACACCGCCCAGCCUGCUGCGAGCCCACAUAUCCCAUGCAUUCAUGAAAACAGUGUUUUGA